AUGGACCUACAUGUUACAUCCCAGGCUCAAUAUGAGAAUCCGCCCCACAUCUAUGCUCUGGCUGACAACAUGUACAGGAACAUGAUGAUUGACACCGAGAAUCAGUGUGUUAUUAUUAGCGGCGAAAGUGGAGCUGGUAAAACUGUUGCUGCCAAAUACAUCAUGAGCUAUGUGUCCAAAGUCUCUGGAGGAGGUGAAAAGGUUCAGCAUGUGAAAGACAUUAUCCUGCAGUCCAACCCACUGCUGGAAGCUUUUGGAAAUGCCAAAACCGUCCGCAACAACAACUCUAGCAGAUUUGGAAAAUACUUUGAGAUCCUGUUCAGUCGAGGAGGAGCUCCAGAUGGAGGGAAAAUUUCCAACUUCCUUCUGGAGAAAAGUCGAGUCGUUUCACAAAACCCUGGAGAAAGAAACUUCCACAUCUACUACCAGCUGCUUGGUGGAGCCAGUGGAGAGCAGAGAGAGAACCUUGGCAUUACAACACCUGACUACUACUUUUACCUGAACCAAUCAGGAACCUACACUGUGGAGGAUGUGAACGACAAGAAGGAUUUUUCAGAUACUAUGGGGGCAAUGUCAGUUGUAGGUCUGUCUUUGGACAAUCAGGACUCGGUUCUUCAGCUUGUCACAGGAAUUCUUCACCUUGGAAACAUCAGCUUCAGAGAAGAAAACAACUAUGCUGUUGUGGAGAGUCAGGAUUUCCUGGCCUUCCCGUCCUACUUGCUGGGGAUCUCUCAGGACAGCCUCUGCAGUAAACUCACCAGCCGAAUCAUGGACAGUAAGUGGGGUGGGAAGACUGAGUCCAUCUCCGUCACCCUGAACACGGAACAGGCCACCUUCUCCAGAGAUGCCCUGUCCAAAGCUCUGUAUGCACGUCUCUUCGACUUCCUGGUCGACUGUAUUAAUAAGGCCAUGCAGAAGGAGCAGGAGGAGCUCAACAUUGGCGUUUUGGACAUCUACGGCUUUGAGAUCUUCCAGCAAAACGGCUUUGAGCAGUUCUGCAUCAACUUUGUGAACGAGAAACUGCAACAGAUUUUCAUUGAACUCACUCUGAAGGCUGAGCAGGAAGAAUAUGUUCAGGAAGGAAUAAAAUGGACUCCAAUUGAGUAUUUCAACAACAAGGUGGUCUGUGACCUCAUCGAGUCCAAACUGAGGAAACAGACAGGUGAGGGGGCGGACCAGACGCUGCUGCAGAAGCUGCAGGGACAGAUUGGAACCCACGAGCACUUCAGCAGCUGGAACAGAGGCUUCAUUGUCCACCACUACGCCGGCAAGGUGUCGUACGAUGUGGGCGGGUUCUGUGAGAGGAACAGAGACGUCUUGUUUACCGACAUCAUUGAGCUCAUGCAGAGCAGUGAGUUUCCGUUCAUCAGAGCUCUGUUCCCGGAGAACCUGGAGGCAGAAAAGAGAGGACGACCAACCACUGCGAGCAAUAAGAUCAAGAAACAAGCCAACAGUCUGGUCCAGACCCUGAUGAAAUGCACCCCCCAUUACAUCCGCUGCAUUAAACCCAAUGAGACCAAAAAGUCCCGGGACUGGGAGGAGAACCGAGUUAGACACCAGGUGGAGUAUCUGGGCCUCCGAGAGAACAUCAGAGUUCGUCGGGCUGGAUACGCCUACCGUCGAGUCUUCAACAAGUUCCUGCACAGGUACGCCAUCUUAACCAAGGAGACCUGGCCUCAGUGGAGGGGCGAGGAGCGUCAGGGAGUCCUACACCUUCUCCGCUCGGUCAACAUGGACCAAGACCAAUUCCAGCUAGGAAAAAACAAAAUCUUCAUCAAAGCUCCAGAGUCGCUCUUCCUGCUGGAGGAGAUGAGGGAGAGAAAAUUUAACGGUUACGCUCGUGUCAUCCAGAAGGCCUGGCGCAAACACAUCGCUGUCCGCAAAUACGUCAAGAUGAGAGAGGAAGCCUCUGAUGUUCUGCUGAACAAGAAAGAGCGGCGCAGAAACAGCAUCAACAGGAACUUUGUGGGAGACUACAUCGGGACGGACAACCACCCUGAGCUCAGACAGUUCGUUGGACGCAGAGAGAGGAUCGACUUUGCUGAUGUUGUGUUGAAAUUUGAUCGAAGAUUUAGGACGGUGAAACGGGACCUCAUCCUGACACCAAACUUCCUCUACAUGAUUGGUCGAGAGAAGGUGAAGCAGGGUCCAGAUAAAGGUCAAAUCCAGGAGGUUCUCAAGAGAAAGAUUGAAGUCAGCAAAGUCCAGUCUGUGUCUUUAAGUACCCUGCAGGAUGACCUCUUCAUCAUCCACGAGGCGGAGUACGACAGCGUUCUUGAGAGCGUCUUUAAGACAGAGUUCCUCAGCCUGCUGGUCAAACGCUUCCAGGAACGAACCGACAGGAAGCUGCCGCUCAAAUUCAACAACCUUCUGGAGUUUAAGGUGAAGAAAGGUGGCUGGGGUCCGUUCAGCUCUUCAGGCUCCAGGCAAAUCCAGUUCCAAGUGGGCCAGGGGGACGAGGCGGUACUGAAGGCCAGUGGGAAGGUCCUGCAGGUCUUCAUUGGGCCUGGUCUUCCCAAAAAUUCCAGACCAACGAGGAAAGACAAUCGUAAAAGCCAAUACAGGGGCAGCUGGGCUCCGCCCACCAAGCAUAACACCUCUGGACUUCCUCUGAGAAGCAGCGGAGCACAAAGAGGCCAGCAGACCUUCUCCAGAGCCUCCCUGCUCAGGAAGCAGACCAGCAUGGAGCAGCCCACCCUGCCCCGUCUACAGAACCAGCAUCGCUCUGGACAUCAGCAACCUCGGAACCAAGACAUGGGUUUCAUGAACGUCCCGGAUCAGGGUGCUGCAGGGUGA